AUGGUGGUCCUUUUUCGUUCAUUAAAACAAUUAAGACGUUUUACAACACAAACUCUUUGUUUAAAUAAAAAUGUUGAUACAAAAAAUGAAAAUCUUUUAGAAAAAUUUAUUAAAGAUAAAAUUAAAGUUUCAGGACCAAUAACUGUUUAUGAGUAUAUGCAAACAGCAGCUAGUAGCGCUUCAGGAUAUUAUAAUAAAUUUAACAAUGAUGAUGGGGAUUUUAUAACAGCUCCUGAAUUAUGUCAAAUAUUUGGAGAAACAAUAGCUAUUUGGAUUUAUUCAGAAUUAAUGUAUACUGGAUGGAAAAAAGAUUGGCAAAUUGUAGAGUGUGGACCAGGAUCUGGAAAAUUAAUGAGUGAUGUUUUACAGUCACUUAGAAGAUUUGAUUCAUUGAAAAAUUUGUCUAUUCACUUACUUGAGGUUUCUAAUUCUUUAUCAGAAAUUCAAGAAAAGACUCUUUGUGGAUCAGUAACUAAAGUAGUAAAUGACAAAUCUUAUUAUAGACAUAACAAAACUUUUGAUGGUAUUGAUAUUUAUUGGUACAAACUUAUUGACGAUAUUCCUGAAAAUUUUUCAGUUUUUUUCUGUAAUGAAUUUUUAGAUGCACUACCAAUUCACCAAUUUAUAAGAAACGAUGCCAAAAAAUUUAAAGAAAUUUAUAUAAAUCUUAAUGAACAAAAUAAAUUAGUUUUUAUGGAAAGUAAAGCUGGAAAUAUUCAUACGGAGGGAAUGAUUCCUAAUUAUAUCAAAGAACGUGAUUCAAUUAAAAAAUAUGAAAUUUCUCCUGAUGCAGGAACAUUUAUAACACAAAUUACACAAAGAAUAAUUAAUUAUGGUGGUUUUGGAAUUUUAAUUGACUAUGGUCAUAAUGGAGAAAGACAAUCGUUUUCAUUACGUGGAUACAAAAAUCAUAAAGAAGUUGAAGAUUUACUAAAGAAUCCAGGAGAAUAUGAUAUUACAGCAGAUGUAAACUUUGAGUAUCUUAGAAAACUUGUCGAAAAAGAUGCUUUGGUUUUUGGUCCUAUAACACAAAAAGACUUCAUUCUUCGUUUAGGUGGUGCAAUGAGAGUUAAAAUGUUACUACGCGCACUAGGAAAUGAUGAAAAGAAACAAAAACAAUUAUUUGAUGCUUUUAAUAUUUUGGUAGGCCAAGAAGAUGAAAAAAUGGGUUUAAAAUUUAAAGCAAUGAGUAUAUUUCCUAAAACAUUAAAAGGAAUUUUAGACAAAAGAGGUGGUUAUCCUUUAGCCUUUAAAAAUUAA